AUGUCGGACGUCAAGUACCCACUCCCACCGUCCAAUGUUGUCCAGUCUUCUUCAUGCCAUCCGCCACCACCACCACCAACACCACCUUCAUUCAACGAUAACGAUAACAACAACUUUGACUUUCAUGUCUCCUCUAAUCGCAUUCCUCAACAUGACGUCGACAACAGAUACCUGGAACAACAACAACACCACAACCACCACAACCAGCAGCAGUCGGUCGAUAUUGCAACGACGAGUACAGAGCACCUAGCAGCAACAACAACAACAGCACGUGGCUCGAAUCAAGAUGAGGAUCCUGACCUGGCAAUGACUCGUCGCAAUCGUCCGUUAUCAUUUUCUUCCUUGAGUCGAGAUGAAGUUGAAAAGCCUAGUGGUGGUAGUGGAAGUGGCAUGGGUGAGAAUGGUGGCCAACGACAAGUGAUUAGUAUAUCAACACCAGAUCCAUCUCAUUUGUUUUGGGUCCCUGCCACACAGCAUCCAGAAAUUGCCCCUGCCGAGUUUGAGAAAUUCCUACAAAUCAAUGCAAUGGCCAAACGUGAACGAGCGAGUUUGAGAAGGCGUAGUUCAAUCUUAUCGGUCUCUUUUACGGCGAGUGAUGCUGAACAAGAACAAGAAGAAGGAGUGACAAGGGAUCAUUUACAGCAGCAGCAGCAGCCAUCAAACAACAGCAGUGACACAUUAGGGGAGCAACAACACCAUCAGGGGUUGAAUGAAAAUGAAUCUCAACGCAAAACCCGGUUACGAAGAAGCAUUAGCUUGGGUACAAUCUCAGCUGCCGAGAGUCAAAUGCGAUUACCUGAUUUCCUGGUAUUCGACCGCAACUCGUCAACAGAAGAUCAAUCACGUGUCUUGGUUCCUCGAGCAGAUCGAUCAUCUUUAUUACGUAGAGGUGCACGUACUAGGUUUCAACGUAACUCAUCCUUUACGCCAUCAGCACCUCGUCGUCCUGUGGAUCGUCAUCGCCAAGCAGAGUCAAUGCCACCAGUGCCUUUUAACCGUGAUAUCCAAUCAUUCGAAGGCAUCACAUUAUCCGACAAACCUCUCCAAGAAGACCAUCACCAACAACAACAGCAACAACAUCUCAUCAGCAGGCCUGACACCGAAAAGGAUGAUGAACAUAUUCGAUCACUUGCUGUGGGUGAUAAUGUUCCAACAAGACCUUCAUCUACACCUCCUAUUACUCCUUCAUCAUCCAUUAGUGAACCUACAUUUCAACGUCAACAACAACAGCAGCAGCAGGAGCAACAUGAGCCAUCAUCAACAAUAUCACCAUCACCUUCUCCAUCGCCACCGCCACCACCGCCACCUCCACCUUCACAUGCUAUUGAUCGAGGAGAGAAAAAGUCGUCAUGGUCUUGGGGCUUUAGAAAGAAUAAAUCCGAUCAACUCAAGCAAGAACCCACUAUUACAGCAUCAUCACCAUCACCAUCACCGCCAACAGCAGCACCCGAACCACGUCCUUCGGUAUCGACUGAUUCUACUACUUCCAGCUCAUCCAGCAAAAAGUUUGGUCUCUCGUCUUUAUUUUCACGUAAAGGCUCCUCCAGCAAAGUACAACCAGCGAAUGUAUCCAUGGCUCCUACCAAUGCAGCGGGUGCUAAUGGUACAGCAGUGCCAAAGGACUUUCAGCUCAAUCGUAUCAACCAAAAUCGAUUACCCAUUCACAUUGAACGAGCCAUUUAUCGAUUAUCGCAUACCAAGUUAGCCAAUCCACGACGCCCUUUGCAUGAACAGGUCUUGAUUUCCAAUCUCAUGUUCUGGUAUUUGUCGGUUGUCAGCUCGACGCAACCCAAUGGAUCCGUCGAAGCCGGUCGAAAGUUUGUGAGUGCUGGAAAGAAAGGAAAACGUCAACCCCAACAACAACAGCAACAACGACCUGCCAACAAGUCAUCCAACAAUCAACGACCUUCCCAACAACAACAACAACAGCAACAGCAACAACAACAACAAAAUACGACAUUGCAUCAAUACAUGGGUAACAAUGCAUCCACUGGUUUUGUGAUACCAGAGAACUAUCUCAGACCCAAAGGAGGAGGAGGAGGUGCUGGUGGUGGUGGACCUAAACAUCGAAAGCCAAGUCUAAGUGAUUCGGAUGAGGACGAUGACGAUGAUGAUAGCAGUAGCAGCGACAGUAGUUCGGAUGAGGAAACCACCAAAAAAGCACAUACCAUGACACCAGCAGCAAAGAAAUCAUCAACAAGACCUAAUAUCAAGGGCCCUGCACUUAUCAAUCAUACCCAAGGUGCCCGAAAGGAGCGCGACGAUGACAUUCCUUUGGCCAUGUAUAGAAGUAAAGGACGUGUAUGA